ACAAAUAUUUAAGUUUUUGAACAGGAAUGAUUUAUGAUUUAUUUUUCGCUCUUGCCACUUCUCCAAAGUAACAAAAUAUAAAUACAGUAUGAAAAAACACAGAAUUAGCCGUCAUGACAUUAGAGAGCAAAAGGAUGUAUCAAUAUCUAGUAGCAAUGCUAAAAGUAAUAGCUUGGGCAUGAGCAAAUUAGCCAAAUCACAGCCAAACGAGGCAGAGGUAAAUCGUAAAAAGUUUAAAAGUGUACGCCCUGGUCCUGGUACACUCUGUAAGCAUUUACUCUGUGCUUUGACCCAUUCUGGGAGAAAGAUUUUCCUUUUAUUAAAAUUAAACACAGAAUCAGAAGAUUUCUGUGUAAUCACAAAAAGUCCACAAGUACUAGACCUAAGCCUAAAUUAAAUAGGUCACACUAACUCUAAGACUAAGUACUUACUAAAUGCUAAGGUGAACUAAGUCAAAUUACUCCGCUAAAAUUUAUUUGCUGAGACAUUAUGUCAUUGAUUGGUAUUUUAGUUUUUACAAAGUAUAAGUCUACAAGUAUAAUAUAAAUAGUGCCCUAUUACAAUUUACAAUGAGUACAAUGUAAACAUAUAAUGGUGUCAAUCUUGUUUUAAAAAACAUUUUAUUUGAAAACGAGAUUCUUUCAGGGUAUUUUCUGUUGCUUAUGUGUGAUUAUUGAUGACAGUAAUGAUCGAUUUUAAUUUUUGUGACUUCUUUUAGAUUCUUUUGGAUUUUACUUUUGGUGACUAAAAUUAUUAAUUUUUUUUCUGAUUUAUUAACAGAUCACGGCAGGCUAUUUUCACAAAUAUGAAGUGCCUGCCUUCCUCAUUUUUGUUUCUUCAUUCAUACUUAACUGCAUUAAACUACACCCAUCUCUGCUUGGAGGAGAUUCUGGAGAACUAAUUUUUGCUGCUUAUGAAUUGGGGGUAUGUUUUCUGCUCCUUUAACUAACCUUUCCAGAACAAAAUGGAAAAUGCACACUUAUUGUAAAGUAUAAUAUGCAUCUUUAUUUUAUUUCAUGAUUACUUCAUUAAGAACAAGGAGUCUCAAUUAGUUAUUGACACCCAAGAUAUUUCAUUAGCAGCAAUAGAAAGCCUACUUAAUUUCAGUAUUACCUACUGGUGUGGGAAUUCAACGUCUGAUAUUAAACACCGCAUAAACCGACUAAUCAAGAAAGCUAGGAACAUAACACAAACUAAACAUCCUUCACUUGAUGAACUAUUUGAAGAAAGAUGUUUUUGUAAAACUAAACACAUUUUUGAUGAUACACCCCACCCUCUUCAUCACAAAUACUUAGGAUCGGGCCGUUCAGGGCGAAUUCUUUUCAUCAGGGCGAGGACUGAAAGAUAUAAAAAUUCUUUUGUUCUCCAAUCUGUACAAACUUACCCACGUGCUCCCUCUGAAGUCACACAUCUUCAUGAGAACUAAUAAGUCUCCGAUUUGGCUAAGAGAACUCACUGAAUGGCUGUUUGAGAUAAUUUAUUAUAAAUGUCUUGUCGUCAAAUUGUUUUAUUUAUGUGCUGAUAAUGUAUAACGCAAUCAAAAAACAUUUCCAUUUAUUUGGAUCAAUAAAAGAAUCUUAUCUUAUCUUAUCUUAUCUUAUAAAUGUUGCAAAUUUGUUUUUACUUUCUGUCAGGUAGCUCAUCCACCUGGUUACCCAUUGUUUACCAUGCUUGCCAAAUUAUUUAUGACUGUCAUACCAUUUGGUUCAAUUGCUUGGAGAGUAAAUCUGUUGUCUGCUUUUUGCAGUGCACUGAAUUCUGCUAUUCUUUUUAUAACGGUUUAUAGGUGAGAGGUUCUAAUUUAAAGCUGAUAAGGACAUUUAUGUUAAACUUGUAUUUAUUGAGUUAAAACAAUAAACUAGCUUCAAUGAUGGGUAGUAAUGAUUUUGUAUCACAUAUUUUAAGCAUUUAAAAAAAAACCACAUGUACUCUUUUUUUAAAGAAGCUAAUGCUUUUAAUUUGUAUCAUAUUACAGGCUUACAUUCCAAUAUGGAGCAGCUAUCUUCGCUUCAUUUGUCUUUAGUUAUAGCCCACUUGUAUGCGUUUGGUCAGUAACUGCAGAGGUCUUUAGUCUAAAUAACCUUCUUCUUUCAUACAUCAUGCUAACAGCAGUGUUGUUUGAUGCUGGUAGUAAAGAAUCUCUUGCAAAGGUAAUGAAUACAAAAAUGGGUAAAUAACAAUAUAAUACUUUUACUUGUUUCAAUUUUUUUUCUGUUCUUUGCCUCAUUUAAUAAAGAUACUACUAUUUUGGCUAUUUUAAAUGUUUUGAAGGAUAGCUUUCCAUUAUGUCUCAUAAAUUCUCUUUCAAUGUUAACAAAAGAUAUAAACAAAUAUGAGGUUUCAAUGAGAAACUUUUAAAAUUAAAUAAGUUUUAAAGUAUUUUUAAUGUGUUAUUUUUAAAAUUAGAUUCUCUAACAAAUUUUUGCUGCAUCAAAAUACUAUUAUAAUACUUUCACUCAUAAUUUUAAAUACAUUAAAUUUUGUUUUAUUACCAAGAUAUCAUUGAUUGGCUCAUUUCUGAGUGGACUUUGCCUGACGAACCAACACACCAGCAUACUCUACAUUAUUCCACUUAUUCCUUGGGUCUUCUACAAGUUGUGGAACAAGCAGGUAACUUUUGAAACUUCAAUGAAAGUUACACGUUUUUUUAAAAUGAUGUUCUAAAAUUAGCAAAAAAUAACAGUUUGUUCUCUUUUAUUUGCUUUUAUCAGUUCCCCCAUUUGAGAUUAAUUACUAAAAAAUAAAUUAUACUGCAAGCUUAAUUUUAGGAAACAGUGCAAUGCAUAUUUAAACUGUAUUUUACAAAAUGCUAGUUUGUUACGUACUGUUAUAUGGUUUAACCGAUUUAAUUUGGCUUGUUACAUGACCAAUACUCAACAAAGGACUAAAAACCAAUAUGCAAAGAAAUACAGUGCCAGAACUAGUGAUAUUAUUAUUGUUCUUGUUACAGUGUUCUUAUAUAGCGCCUAGGGCUGGGCUCACCGUGCUUCACAUAAAAUUAUUAGCAAACAUAAUCGUGACAUUAAAAAAAUUACAUAUCUUUUAUCCUCGCCCAACCCAGAACUAUUUGCAUGUCAAGCCAUAGACGGCACCCAGUAACAUCAUUUAUUGGUCUUUAACAAUAUUCAAUUUAUUUUGGGGAAAAAAAUUCUGAUAUAAAAUAUGACUCAAAAAUCUGUAUGUCAUUGGAAGAUCUACCAGUCACAACUGAAGUCUUAUUUAUAGUCAGGGAAUCAGAAUUUUCUAGAAUGGAAAGUCUAGAAAUUCAGUCAUCAGAGAGUAUAUUUUCUAUCUCCAUGUAGAACCUUCUGGAAACUGUUAAAAAACUUUACCAAUCAAGGGAGGGGAGGGAAGGAGUGGUAGAAUCUUUCUCCUAUUUUAUUGGGAUGACACAGACAUAACACAUAGCCCUAAGAUAAGGGAUGCACUAUGCAGGGUGAAUCAAAAUUUGUGUCAACACAUAGGUUAUAACAUCAUUACUUAAAUGAAAGCUUGAUUGAUGUAAGAUUCUGUUUCUAUAUUUCCAAAUUAUUUCCUAUUAUUACACAUUAUUAAAACCUUCUUCAUGUUUCAGCUGUUUACAGUGUCUCUGCUUGUGAAACAGGGUGUGUCAUUUCUGUGCGGACUGUCACCUUAUCUCUAUCUUCCUUUAUCAUCUUGGCUCCAUGUUGCCAGAUGGACGUGGGGCGACUCAAGUUCUCUAAGAGGAUUUCUUAAACAUUUAUUGAGAGAAGAGUAUGGCACAUGGGAUUUGGUAGGUUAUUGCUAGUAAUGAAGGUUCGAAGCAUCAUAAGGUGUGUAAAACAAAAAGUAUAAUGAAGUUGCUUGAAGCUUUUUACUAAAUUAAACAAGAAAUAAAUAUUUUGGCUCCAAGAGUUCUCCAACAGACCAACAAAAAAAACAAUUAAAAUAUUUGUAAUAUGGUUAAAAAAAAAAUAAGAAGAAAAGGCAAAAAAAAAAUUAAAUAAGACAGCUCAGCAUAAAAAAAAAAAAAAGAAGUUAUGUAAUUUCUUUUAAUUAUUGUUAAUUGUUAUAGUGCUAAUAAUACUAUGUGGAAAGAACCUUGUUGAAAUAAAUGGAUUCUAAUUUUUCUAAAAACAAUAUAUUGAAUGGAAUUAUGUGCUCCUUGACUCUGGUUUGUCAUUUCUCUUAGAGGUAAAAAAAAAUUACAUUUUUGCUAGACACCACUAUCAACUUAUUAAAAAGAUUAAAAUUUUUCAAAAAAAAUUCUUUAUGCCCAAUAAAUUAAAAAAUGUAUUUUAAAAAAAAUUGAAUUGUUUUUUCAGCUGAAAGAUCACACAGGUCAAGGUUUUGCCACAGGACUCAUGUAAGUUACUGUGAAAUGUAUUGUGCAUUUGAAUGACAGAAAAAAGUAGCAUAUUUUUUAUUUGUAUUGACCUAAUUUUUUAGAAUUUUUUCAAAUGAAAGCCCUAAAUUUGAUAACAGAUGUCUUUUAUGCAUGACCAAAGAUUUAAAAAUUAAUAUUUUAUUUUCCAGAGCUUACAUUAAUCAUUUACUGAUUGAUGUGUCUAGAGGGGUUUUUGCAUUGGCUGUCUUCUCAAUAUUUUCCAUUUACUCAAGGUUAGUACAAGUCUGGAAAUAUUUGCUGGCUGUGCUGUGUUUUGAAAUCUUUACAAAGAAAACAUUUGAUUGCUUUUGUAUUAAUACUUGCUAAUGAAUUUCCUUUUCAUAAUAUUACUUUUUUUUGUUUUUUUUUUUGGUUGAAAUUUCAGAUAUAGGUCAAGACAUAGUAGUGUCCUGCUGGUAUUUGGUCUCAUGCUGUUGACUUACAUCUCGUUUUUCUGCUGGAGGGCCAACCUGGAUAUCAAUAAGCCUUUAUUCUACAAAGUGGCAAGCUAUAAUCCUGUUUUCAUUUGUGAAUUUAAAAAAAAAUCUAAUUUUAAUGAGCUCAUGUAGAAACUUUUGCAAGAGAUCUACAAUCUGAACCCUUAGUUUUUUUUCCAUCAUCAUUGAACCGAAAAAAUGUUUGAUGCUUUUGUCUUUCAUCUUUUGUUAGAGAGAAAAAAGUUUAUUUUAUUUUUAUUUUCACAGAUAAAUCCUUAUUCAAAAAUGUUAUGCUCUCUUAAUUUUAUAGAAUUUUCAGGUUCCUUUGAGUGGUGUAAUAAUAAAUACAAUAAAAAAAAUAAUAACCAUUAAUAGAGAAAAACAAAUGGAAUGGUGAAAUAUUUAAAGCUAAUAUGACUUGGUUUGACUUAAAAAAAAUUUUCAGGUUUUCACAGAGGGGAAUGAUUACCAAACAGUUGAACCUCUACUUAGAAUCUGUUUGUUAAAGAACCUAUCAUCACGUUUGUUUACAGGUUGAAAGGUUUUGGAUUCAGAGUGAUUUAAUACUUGUCAUCCUUGCGAGUCAGGCAUUUGCUGAUAUUUGCAGGUUGGUAAACAUGACAUGCAUGCUGAUUUGAUUUUGUGUACUGGUAGAAUCUUGAAUAUGAUUAUUUAAAUAAAAUUAAUUAUUUGGAAAUACAUUUUUUUGUUCACGCACUUGCUGUUUGUUUGCUACAGUUGGUUUGUUGCUUAAUUUUAUGACAUGCGGAAUAUUUCUAUGUCAGAUUAUGUAGUGAGACAUUGCAUGCGGAAUAUUUCUAUGUCAGAUUAUGUAGUGAGACAUUGCAUUUUAACUAUUUCUAGAUCAGAUUAUGUAGUGAGACAUUGCAUUUUGAAUAUUUCUAGAUCAGAUUAUGUAAUGAGACACUGCAUGUGAUAAAUCCGACAAAAGGUAUAAAAUUGUUUUUUCUUUACAGUUAUUUAAAAUCAAGGUUAAACCUACAGAACCUGAGCUUAGAUAUCAUCAUUGUAAUACCUUUACUUUCUACUUACAUUGUAAGUUUUUGUUGAUAAUUUUUUUAUGGUUCUUAAAAUGUUUUGAUAAAUAAUUUUAAAUUCUCUUUAUUCCUUAUUACUUUUAUUUUUUUUUGUUGCCAGGAUUUAAAUGUUCUUUUUGAUAUCAAACCUAUUUAAAAAAUUGGAGUCAGUUUUGAAGAAAAAGAAAGCAAAUUUAAUAUUCAGAAAUCUAUUUUAAAAAUCUAAUUGACCUAGAAUUUAUUUAGUUGCGGGAGGAAAAAAUAAGAAGUUUAGAUUAAAUUAGGCUUUAAAAAAAAAAGAAAAUGGAAAAAUAAUUGUUCUUUUAGUUUAAAUCUUAAAUUGAAAUUUAUAAUGAAUAUUAUGAAGAUUUUUGUAAUUUGUAAGUUUAAAUAAUAAUUGUUUCAUUUAAGUUCUGUGACAAUCACAGUGAAAAUAAAUUUGGAAUAUAAAAUGUCUAUUAAGUACUUAUCAUCAUUCAACAAAGAACAUACAGACUGAUUUGUUUCUCAUCAGCUUAGUGGAUGGUCUGCCUGUGAUCAAAGUGGAAACUUCCUCAUUCAGGACUUUGCUCUUCAAAUGCUGCACAAAUUUCCCAAGGGAUCGAUUAUUCUGACCAAAGGAGAUCUUCCUUCUAAUAGUUUUAGGUACUCCUAGAAAUUUCUGGCUUGUCAAUAAAAGAAGUUUAUUCUGUGGAAGGUGUUUCCAUAUAGUUACAUAAUGCAGAUGGGUUUUAGAAUGUUGGCAGCAAAUGCAGUGUAUACUGGCUGAAGAUAACUUUAAGUAUAGUAAAAUUAAUGUUUCCUAUUUUUGUUGAAAUUGACAGGUACUACCAUUUUAUUGAAAAUGUCCGGCCAGAUCUCUCCUUAUUUGACCAGGAGGUAAACAUGAUAAGGCUUUUUAGACAAAACUUGUGCUUUUGGUUUGAUUGCAUGAAUUUUACAGUUAGCCGAUAGAGUCAAUAGAUGUUGAGUAUAACUAAUGCCAAUUAGACAAUGAUUAGGUUUCUCUUGACCUCAGGUCUUAACCUACGAGUGGUCACUACCUAUGACCAGCAAGUUCACUCCAGGGAUUAAAUUUCCGGGUGACCUGAUGCACCUCUACUCCGGAGUCAGGAGUGAUGGAAAGAGGACAUUCACCUUUAAAGACCUGUUAGAUGCAAAUUAUGCCCGGUAUGGUAAUACCCGUUGACGCCCUGCAAAGUCCCAUGGCGUGGGUGCAGUGGUUAAUCAAUGUGUCAGAUAAAUACCCUGUUGAUCAAUAACAAUGCAUUCUCCCCUCUGAUUAGUUGGUGUUAUUUGCUUUAAGGUUGUACUAUUUUAUUUUCACAGACAACAAAGAAUUUAUUUAAGAAAUGAAAGAUUAAAAAAUAAGUAAAAGUGGAAAUAAUUUGGUAAAAUACAUCAAAAUAUUGAAUGUUGUGUGGGACACUCACACACACGCUGUCACAUUGUUUUUUUUUCUUCUUCUUCCCACCAUUUAAAAUUGAAGAGAAAAAACAUUUUUAUUUAAAUACAAAAAAGUUAUAUUUUCUUAGUAUUAACAUUUUGAAGCAAUUUGUAUGGUAUUUAAGAGAUCAUUAACAGUAAAAUGUGCUCCAAAUUAUUAAAAACUAAAGUAUUUUUGAUGGUUCAUAUAUUUAAAGUCAAUAUUUAAGUUUUUAAAGGUGCUAGAUUAGUUAAGAUUUGAUUGUGUUAAAUUUCUCACCAUAUCAUGUAAUAUGUGCAUCAUGGUAAUAUUCUAUUUUUUUUAGGGCCCCUAUCUUUGCUUGCAUAGGUGCUCAGGAACAUGACUCUGCCUGGAAGGCCAGUUACGAGCUGUGGCCAUUUGGUGUGUGCUGGCAGUUUGUGGACAAAGGAAGAAAACUAGAUACUAACCUGUGGACUAAUGCCACAGCAGGUGUUGCUGAUGACUGGAUGUACCCAUGGACUAGGUACUUAUUUUAAAAUGUUGAUCCUUAGAAAACAAAAGCAGAUGUACCGUGCAGGGAAUAUAAGCUACACCAAGUAUAACACUGAACUCAUUUAAAGUAUAUUGACUUAUGAUACAACAGUAGUUAACCCAUACUUUACCAUUAAGCAGGGCAUAAUGUGUGCAUGCACACAAGAUGUUAAACCAACACCACAUAGAAAUUUAGCCCUGAACACAAACUUUCUAUUGACGUGAAGGGUUAAAUUUGGGAGGUGAUAUUGAAUAACAUAAAUUUCUUUCUGCAAAGACAUUAGGUGAUCACUACCCAAGAAAAGUUUGAAUUUAAUCCUAAUAUAUCAGUUUCUAUGUUGUAGGCUAGUUUUUAAGAAAUCUCUGAAGUCCUCUUUGUUCUAAAGAUUUUGUUUAAAAAAUUCAACAAAUUACUAAUUCAAUGAACUCUUUUCUCUUUUCCAGCUUUGAUGAUGGCUCAUGGGAAAAUGUGGCAAACUCAGAGAUGUGGCGGGCAAAGUAAGCCGUUUUGAAGUCACUUGUGUUUUUUAUUAAACAGAUGUCUUAUUGUUCAUUCUUAAACAGAUGUCUUAUUGUUCAUUCUUAAACAGAUGUCUUAUUGUUCAUUCUUAAACAGAUGUCUUAUUGUUCAUUCUUAAACAGAUGUAUUAUUGUUCAUUCUUUGCUUGCAAGAUAUACAUUGGAUUUGUGUAGUAGCCUUGAUUUGUGCUGUAUUUUGCUUUAAGUGAAGAAGAGUUGUGCAGUUCGUCAGCCGCAUUCUAUCGUCCUUUCCUAUUUUGAUCUAAUGGCAAGUCAACUGGGAGAUAGACAAGGAUUCAGUGGAUGACCUGAAUGUUUCUUGUGUCUACUUAUGCGUUCCACACCGCGGGAGUUGCCAGAAUUUUCAUUGCGUCAAUAUCAUACCGCCCUUGGGGCUCCUUCUCUUAGAUGGGUGGUCAUUAUAGAUUAACGAGUCCCAUCAUCAAUUUUGGAAGUGACAUAUUUUUUCCACACAGCCAGCCACCAUAAAACGAGUUGUCUGGCAACAUUGCUGGGUUGCUUUCUGAUGGUUUUAUUAACUCUGUCACUGUAUUGAUUUUUUAUUAGUUAAUCUUCAAGCUUUACUGGAGAUUUUAAAACCAUUCAAAUAAAAAAAUAAUUAAAAUCAUUUUUUGUAUAUAUUUAAACAUAUUUAUAUAAAUACAAAUUGUAUGACUUUCACAUAAAUUGUAUUCCAUUCUUCUUAACCAUUGAUUAUUAACUGAGUUUCAGUUUUCUAAACUAUUAAAAUCCAAAAUGCCACACUAAAAAUCUAGGACUCAUUUCAGAUGGAAACUUUAUUUGUUAACUUAGUUUCUGUUAAUCUUUUAUUGGUCACAAAACAUUGUAUGUAUUCCAAUUAUUUGUAUAAAAAUCAACUUUAAACAACUUUAAUUUUUAAAACCUGCUUAAAAAAAUAUAAUGGACUUCAGAGUAAUUUUGAAACAAAAUGAUACAUAACAGCAGAUUCAGUGCAAAAAUUCAGUUGAAUCACCAGUAAUCAGCUCCAUGAAUUUUUAAGAAAAUAAAUUGCAUUUCAUUACUCUUCUAUAGGUGUGUAUUUUUAGUUAAAACUAUUGAUCAGGGAAGCGAAAACCGAAAUGAAAUAUAAUCUUAAUUAUUCCAAAAAAAUAUAAUUAAACAUCACAUACAUUUUUUUUUAAUUGACCAAAAAUUAUAAUAAAACAAUGGAACACAUAUUUAAAAUGUGUAAAAAAAAAGGCCCAAAAUAAAAAACAUAUUUUGUUCUGCAGGACAGUGACAGCCUACUUUUACCUUGAAGAAGCUCUAGCUUUGCCCGAAGGUAGUCAAGACUAUGUGAAAUUACUUCUAGAGUCAUACAAGGUAGGUGGCAGGCAAAUUUUUUAAAAUAAAUAUAUUUUUAAAAAAAUCCAAAUAGGUGUGUUUCAAAGCAGAAAAAAAAAUUGAAGAUAAAAUUAGAUUAUAUAAUACCAAUUUUUCUAAUACAAAUAUUUAUUAAAAAUUUUGCUAUAGCAUUUAAACCAUAUUUUGUUCAUUGUAAAAGCAUUUUUUUUUCCUCCUAAGCUGUAUACAAUAGAAAUCAAGAAGCACACCAUCUACCCAGCAUACUGGCACCGCAACUACGCCAUAGUGUGCGAGAGACUGAUGCGGGAGAAAACACCCUUGGAUGAGUUGAUGCUGCUAGGGAAGACCAUAGAACACUUCAAACAGUUUGUCCUAAUGGAGCCUGGAGAUGCUGAUGCUGAAAAGCUGCAUAAAGCCAUCAGAAGCUUAGAGGAUUACAAGAACAGCUUAACCACGUCUUAAUCCCGUGCUGGGGUUCAGGUUUUCAAUAACAUCAAGUCCACCGAUAAUUUUUGUUUUGGAACCUAACUGGGAGUUAUCCUUGAGAGGAGGGUGUGCACAAAUUUCUAUGACUGGCAUAAAAUAUUCCUCUGUAAAUACUGCACUUCAGAACAUGUAUAUUUCCUUUCUAGAAGAGUGCUAUUCAAACUGUAAACAUGGGACAUGACAAACAUUUUUCACCUCAUAAUCACUCAAGAACUGCCAACCUAUUAAAGAAAAUUAUGUUUUUACAAACAGUAACAGCAACAAAUAGCUAUCAAGUGGCUCUACCGGUUAUUUCAAACCAGGAACCAGCAGUUAUGAGUUGCUCUACCAAUCAUUUCAAAACCAUGUUAUGUAUGGGUGUAGGUAUGUGCGUACUCAUGUGAAAGUCAUUACUUCAUAAUUUUUUUUUCUCCCGAAAUAUCAGAUUUUGAUUUGCUCAAAACGAUCUGUAUCUGAAUCCUUAACUGAAAAUAAAAUGACACGUGAUUUUAAUUCAGAACAAAGUGUGAUUAAAAGCUGUACAUGAUUUUUAAUGUGCCUGCGUACGAUAUUGCAAGUAUAAAAAUAUACCCACCAAAGACUAAUAAGGAAAAUAUUUCAUGAAUGAUUUAAUGUUACAAGUUUGCCAUGAAAACUUUGUCCUCUUUUGGCUUGCCUUCCAGGUGACCCAUCAUCACCAGAGCCUUGUCACUUUUGGCCUUGACCUCAGAAAUGUGACCCGUGUCCAGUGUUGCCUUGGCGCUGACACUGAAUAGCUUCGGACCUUCUAUGUCCACGGAUGUUGAAAAAAAGUAGCCAUUAUAGUUCUCCGAUGACUUUUGCCCAGCCAAGAAUUUGGUUCCUAAAAAUGUGGGUGUUGACGGCUUGCUCUGAAAUGAAAUCCAUAGAAUGCGAGUAAAAAUUAAAUUUCAAGUAAUGUUUCAUUACAUUAUAUUACAUGAACGCAUUGUUUCAAAAUGUUAUUAUUAUUAUUAUAGCUGUAAAAAAUUAAAUAGUUUUUUUCUGUUUCUCAAACCAUUCGCAGGUCUGCUUUAUGUUUUGGUUUGAUAAGCACGUCCAAUCAUUAUUUACAUUUUCUUUUUAGAAUUACAAUUUCUUGAUCUAACUAUCUUUAAGUGAUAACUUUUUGGAAACAAUUAUUCUUUUUUGUUAUUACCCUUCAAAUUUUCAAACAAAAUUUAAAGAAAAAAAAAAUCAAACAGAUGUUACAGUAAAUUAAAUAAAUCCUUGCCUUUAUGCCAGUCCACCAUUCUCUUAUUGUGCUGCACUCUCUGUGAAUUCGUCCAUAACAUCUUGUUCUCAAUUUGGGGAUUGUGCUGUUUUGAAUCUGAAAUGAUAUCUUUCUCAUCAUUUGCAACCAAAGCAAUCUUGUCAGAAAUGUAAUCUCCUAUUUAUCUUUGUUUUUCUAAUCAUUAUUUUAUAUAACAAUUGAAUGGAGGCUUUCAUAAACGAAUUUGCUCAAUAUCAAAAUACAUUUUCAAAUAUUUUAACUGAUACUAUUCCAUGUAUUGCUUUUUUAUACUUUUGUCUUUG